GUGCAAGCUUUGGUGCAAGCGAGUCAUGUUUUCAGUUUCUUUGAUAAACUGAAGUAGAUCCACUGAGGACACGACUGAAGAAAUAACUCCUUUAGUGAAAUGAAAAUGGUGCUAGUUAUUCCACAGCUGCUCAUGUUCUGUAUGCAGCAGUAUAUAUCUGCCUCCAGCAGAGAGCAGGCCAGCACCAAUGCACACAUCUUCUAUGCUGUGGAAAUGGAGGGAGGCACUGAUGCAGCCAGAGCCUUGGCCAAACAACAUGGAUUACAGUUCAUUUCAAAGAUUGGAAAUAUGGAUGAUCAUUACACAUUUAAAGAGAUUCUGACUUCAAGAAGUAAAAGGAUUGUGGAAAAGAACCUUUCCCUUGAACCAAAUGUAAAGUGGGUGAAGCAUCAGACAGCCCAUUAUAGAGACAAACGUGCAGCAAUCCUAAGCUACGAUGACAGGACUCAUGGUGAGCUGGUACAGAGGCAAGAUGAGAUCCCCAGUGAGAUCUACAAUGUCAUUAACUCUGAAGAAGGACUCAAGGACCCAUUGGUGUUUAAUGACCCGUACUGGCCCAUGCAGUGGGAGCUGUACAAUCAAGGACAAUAUGGAAGCCCUAAAAGAUUUGACCUCAAUAUCAUGCCUGUAUGGAAAAAAAAUAUCACUGGGAAAGGGAUUGUGGUAACCAUUAUUGAUGAUGGCAAGUCUUUUAUGAUUUUCUUUAUAUUUACUACAUUGGGAAAAUGA